GCUUUGGGGGCGUUCUGCGCAGUCAAAGGCGACGCAACAGUCGAAUGGCAGUGUAGUUUGUUUUCAUUUUCUCGUAUCGUAGAGAAGUGCUUGGGGGAAGAGAGCCACAUGCGUUUUUCAGGCCAGCCAAGUGGGCUGUUGGUGGUAUUAACGUUGACGCUACCAGCAGCCCACUUAGCGUCAAUGCUAACGUUAGCUGUGGUUGUUGCGGUCCAGCGGGCUGCGGUAUUCUGGCGUGCCGCCGAACACGGACGGUGUUCCUCCGGUGUGCGUACGCAGUAAGUCUCGGCGUUUGCUGGCGUCGUAGCGAAGUCAUGUCACACAACUACACGCGACACAGAUUUGUAAGGAGGUAAAGUUAUCCAGCCUGAGGAAAUUGUAAAAAGAAGAACAAGCUGCCUUCAACUCUGCUGUCUCGGUAGAUUUGGCCACCUGGCUCUGAUACUUGGGAGCCCCCCCGCUCCUGCACGAAGUGAAGGUUGAUAUGCCACAUCUGGUGGCUAAAUUACGUUUGGCUGCUGCCCCCGUCCACAGCAGUACGUUGCUUUGCCCCCGCGCUGGUACUCCUGCCUGCGUCUCCAAACUGGGGGCGCGCCGACCGCCAUCUACUGAAGUGAUGGAGCCCAUGACGGUGACGACGUCGGUGGUCGGACCCGAGGAGUUUGACCGCAACGCCCCGCGGAUCUGCGGCGUGUGCGGGGACAAAGCGACCGGCUUCCACUUCAACGCCAUGACGUGCGAGGGCUGCAAGGGUUUCUUCAGACGCAGCAUGAAGCGCAAAGCUGCCUUCACCUGCCCAUUCAACGGGAGCUGCACCAUCACUAAGGACAACCGGCGUCACUGCCAGGCCUGCCGCCUCAAACGCUGCGUUGACAUCGGCAUGAUGAAAGAGUUCAUCCUGACCGACGAGGAGGUUCAGAGGAAGAAGGACAUGAUAAUAAAGAGGAAAGAGGAGGAGGCCGCCCGGGAGGCAAUGAGGCCACGUCUGAACGAGGAGCAGUCCCAGAUCAUCUCCAGUCUGGUGGAGGCUCACCACAAGACCUACGAUGCCUCCUAUUCCGACUUCUCCCGCUUCAGGCCUCCGGUGCGCGAAGGGCCAGUGACGCGCAGCGCCAGCAGAGCAGCCUCCCUUCACUCUUUGUCUGAUGCCUCCUCUGACUCAUUCAACCACUCACCUGAGUCUGUGGAUACCAAGAUGAACUUCACCAGCCUGUUAAUGAUGUACCAGGAUGGCGCCAGCAGUCCAGACUCUAGUGAGGAGGACACAAAGCUCUCGAUGCUUCCCCACCUGGCUGACCUGGUCUCCUACAGCAUCCAGAAGGUCAUUGGCUUCGCCAAGAUGAUCCCGGGCUUCAGAGACCUGACCGCAGAGGACCAAAUCGCUCUCUUGAAGUCGAGUGCCAUUGAGAUCAUCAUGCUUCGUUCAAACCAGUCAUUCAGUUUGGAGGACAUGUCCUGGAGCUGCGGGGGGCCGGACUUCAAAUACUGCAUCAACGACGUCACAAAGGCGGGUCACACUCUGGAUCUGUUGGAGCCGCUGGUGAAGUUCCAGGUUGGACUGAAGAAGCUCAACCUGCACGAGGAGGAGCACGUGCUGCUCAUGGCCAUCUGCCUGCUCUCCCCAGACCGCCCCGGCGUCCAAGACCACGGCCGCGUGGAGCAGCUGCAGGACCACCUGUCGGAGACCCUGCAGGCCUACAUCCAGGUGAACCACCCCGGCGGGCGCCUCCUCUACGCCAAGAUGAUCCAGAAGCUGGCCGACCUGCGCAGCCUGAACGAGGAGCACUCCAAGCAGUACCGCUCGCUCUCCUUCCAGCCCGAGCAUAGCAUGCAGCUCACCCCGCUGGUGCUGGAAGUGUUCGGCAGCGAGGUGUCAUAGCAGAGGAGGAGGCGGCGCGCUCGCAUGCACACGCACACACGCACACAUACUGAUACCCCCCCCCCACACUCCUCACAGCCCCCGACCCCCGAGAGAACCCCAGCCCUGAUGCACCUGGGCGCAAAGGAGAAAGAUGGAUAAUCUGAUAGGUUCAUCGUCAUCUCGCCCUGCUCCAAGUCCUCCCGACCUCACGGAGCGAGGCUCAGACGCCCGGACAUCUGGAUUUAUGGAUUCAAUAUGCCCUCAAUACUAUAACUAGAUUUUAUUUUAACGCCGGAUCUGCAAACACAGCGCCGUAUUAAAUCAAGCAGAUAGCCUUGACUCAUGGACAUCCGCAAAGGACUGACAACCCCCAGUCCUCUCUUCGUCCCUAAACUCUUUUCUUCCCGUCAGCAUCUCUCAAAGCUCCCUCCUCGUCCCCGGACAUCCCCGCUAGAUGCCGGCCAUUUAUUUUUCCCAAGUGAAGACAGCUUGCUGGAUGUGACGGUGGCUGCGUGCGUCCCUGCUACCACCGUCCUCAGGACAUCGUUUGUCGUUGACAUGGUGUUUGAUGACUGGCGAGUCUAUUCGCCGCGCCCGCCCUCGUCAGGUAGAGAGACGUCGGCACAGACAAGUUGGGUAGAUAUAAACCAGUGUCGACGGCAGAGUAAUCAAAACGGAGAGCAAGCUUCCUACCACAGGAAGUGAGCCCGGGGUGUGUUUAAAGAGAGGUGUCAGGCGGUCAGCUGACGCAAGGAAAGGGAGUCUUGGGAGGAGUGUUUCAGUGCGGGAACGGUCAGAGGAGAGGUGCGAUUUGGAAGGGGGACUAAAAGGAGAUGGGAUUCAAUUCCCUGUUCCCUGUUCACAAGACAAGAUGGAAUUUCACUAAACAAGAAUGUAUGUGUAAUGUCAUAUAAAUAUAAAUAAUAUGUAUAAGCUGAUAUAUAGAUAUAUAUCCAUAUAGAUAUAUGUGUAAGAAAGAUAAACAUGGUUGCUUCCGCGGAAGCAAAUAGUUUUGAGUGUUGUAUAAUGUAGAAGGCCCCUCAGCCGUGUCUGUGUGUGUGUGUGUUGUCCUUCAAGACUAAUGCACACACACAAUAGAGCGCUGAGAAGUGUGUGAGGAGUCCUAUUUGUGUGAUUUGAGAAUAUUGAUGGACCACAAGGGGGUGUGUGCAGGCGCUGGGCCGAGGGCCUUUGGUGCAGUGAAGCACUUUUUAUUUUCUGGGACCUGUGAAUUUUUUAGGCUGUCACAUGCAAACACGACGUCAUGUUUCGCGGAUACUGACUAUCCAAAAAUAUAUCUUUUUAUUUCCAGCUGGUUAGAUUGCUGCUAAGACAGUUAGCGAUAGAUAGUUGGGCCGAAACCAACUGCCGGCUGUCUGCCUCAGGGAAACGUUUGUCUGGUGAUGUUGUGUACGUGGUGUUGAUGGUGUGUGUGUGGCGUAAGCUUACAAUCAUAAGACAGAGAUUGUGUUUUUUGAAGCUCUAGGCAUCACUGUGAUCCGUAAUCAUGCUAAAUAACAGCAGAAGUAAGCUAAAGUGGAACUUUUUUGAGAUAACGAUAACCAAGAUUUUCAUUCCGAAAGGAUUCAAACCUUGUAUAUUAAAGGUGAUCAUUGCUUCUCCUUCCCAUCUAAUGGCUAAAAUACAUAGCCAGCAAUUUGUGUUCAAACACAGAGUGAUUAAUAUCAGCCUUAAUUUGUAUUUUUUUUUCUUUCUACAGAAGGUAGCAUUGUAUAGUUGUCAAACAAUUCAUAGCCUGUAGUGUUUUUAAAAUGAAUACCAUAAGAUGUUCUCAACAGCUGGGCAGUCAUAAAGUUAUAAAGUAACUUUUAUAUCAAAUGUAAAAAUGUAAGACUCAUAAAAUUUUUCUUUUUGUUACAUCUACAUCACUUCAACAGCAGCCACAUAAGCGAGGUUUAGGAUGUUGCUCUGCGGCAUCACUACAUAUCAUGUCACGUCUCAGCCAACACAAGUGCAUGCUCACCCCUCACGUGGGCCUGGAUCACCCCCUUGUGGACAAACUGUAAAUACCACUUGCUAAGUCUGUACAUAGUUUAGAGAUUAAUGUUGGCAUAAUAAGAGUUGUUGAUGACGGGAUGCCCUUGGAGAUAGGGCACUAUAUGCAAUCGGGAGAUGGACUCUUUAACGUUGCGUUUAACUCGACCGGGCAGAGUUGUGCGAUCCUGGUCCGGCUGCAGAGUUGUUUCUGUUCGAGAUCCGCCGUAAAGGCUUUUUAAAACCGCCCAACAUUCCACGUAUUCAGAUUCCAACAAUUUCCCAAAAACAAAAUACUAAAGCCGGUAUGCGUUCAUCACAAAUCGACGCACCUGAAAAAGCUGGUUUAAUACCAACAGAGGCCCAAGAGGCCCAACCCCGCGUUGAAGGACGCUCUUCCUCGUGCAACAACCAGCCCCGGCAAUCUGAUGUGUCGUCAUGGUUACGGCCUCAUGUGACCGAACAUUCCAAGUCUCGUUCCCCAUUACUAAACAGCAUUGUGAGAAUCACAGGGUGAUUUUGAAGUCCCCCCCCCCACCCCAUUCCCUCCAACCACUCUGUGUCUUUACCAGGAAGCGUCCUCUCUGUCCGUUUCCAAGCUUAUGGAUGUACAUCUUUUCUCUUUCUGAAGUCUAUCAAUAAGCUUUCAACCAUUAUACGGUUUAUUCAUAAUAUUUUUUAUUUUUGGUGAAAAUCUUGGUUUUUAGUUAUUAACCUCAUUUUCUUUUGGUUCUUUAAGAUUGUCAAUAUGUGUCCGUUUGCUGUCCCCAGCUAUUGCUCUGUAUGCUGCACUGUGGUGAAGCAGAGGUGAGACCUGGCGACCUUCACAGUGCAAAAUGGACGAGCUCCACCUUCUCUGUUCUGUCGAUUUCAAGCCAGCAAAAAAACGCCGGGUUUUUAUUUUUUUGGGGGGGGGGUCAAAGAAAUCAAAAAGACAAUGCGGCCUUGUUUCACCUGGAGCUGCACACUAAAGGGGAAGAGAACACUGGAGAUAAAAAGGUGGUCCCAGGCAGGAUGUCAAACCCAAUCAAGGAAUCCUGGACUAACAGCAUCUUCUUCUGCAACAGCCUAUUAUCACAGCAGGAUUACUCUUCAUAGCUUUAACCGCAGCCGCUCAGGCUCUGCUUUCGGACAACUGUGGUGCCCCGGGGGCUGAUGGGAACCCGGAGGUUUAGUGAAACAGCUGCUGUGGAUUUGGAUUGGGUCACUUUACUGUGGGUAAAAGCAGAAGAAUGACGAGCCGUCAGAAGACUGUGUCCAAUCUUAUCCACAAUCUCAGAAUUUCAUUUCUUAAAAAAAAAAAAAGAA